AUGGCCGACGACGAAACACAACGCGUCGCAGAUGUUGAUGCCGUGUUGUCUACGUUCCAGAUGUUUCUUGACGGCAUUCGGGAUCGGGACAAGAAUCGCAUGCUCUCCCUUGUGUUGCCGACUGGGGGUGCCACGCUCUCACGCUCCCCAGACACUUUGAUUCUCACCCUGGCUGAGGUCGUUGAACGAAUCCCAUUUGAUGGAUCGGCUAGGGUCCUCGAGGAAGUUAUCUAUGAUCCAGAAGUCAAGAUCGACCACGAUAUUGCAAUGAUCUGGGCGCCGUACAAAUUCUACAUCGACGGGGAGAUCCAUCACGUGGGCACGAAUAUCGUAUCUUUGUUGAAACGAGAGGGUGUAUGGAAAAUCAGUUGUGUAGCUGAUAACAGUCGACAGCCUUCACCUAAGUAA